AUGUCAACACCACACCCAACACCUCGGGCAACACUUCUCUCUACCACCUUUUGGGAAAUUCUCCCCUCACAUUACGACAAGAUCAUAAACCGCUGGUCUAAAAUCGCACACCUACAUCACGAAGCCAAAUCUGAUAUCCUCGCCACCGACCGCGCUGGUGCCGUGGCCUCUGUUAAAGCCGAACUGGAAAUGUUGGAGCAAGAUGUGGAACAAUAUCGGAAGCUGGUGAACAGCAUCGAUAUCACAGAUAUCGCAGGCACUUAUGUUGUGGGUGGGAAGUUGCCACAUCGCGCAUUGGAAAUCGCCAAGGAGGACAAGCAGGAUUUAGAAGAGAGUUUGGAGAUGAUCGAGGAGAAGGUCAAAGAGGUCAGGGCUGAUGUGAGGUACGGAUUCGAGGAGGAAGAUUUCGACUGGUCGAUGUGUCCCUAG